AUGGCGGUGCGUGAACGCGCGGCGGCAGCAAUGGCCGCUCUGGAGCGGCGGGUGCCGAGUCUCGAUGACUUCGCGGGACAGAGCUGGAGCUCGUGGGUGGAGCGGGCCGACCUGCCCGCGGCCGACGGGGCUGAGUUGGAGGAGAGUAACAAAAACCCGAAGAAGUUGGAUGCCAUGACCCUCAUUAAAGAAGACAUGUCCAUCUUCGGGCACUGCCCUGCCCAUGACGACUUCUAUUUGGUUGUAUGUAACCAUUGCAGCCAAGUGGUGAAGCCUCAAGCUUUCCAGAAGCACUGCGAAAGAAGACAUGGGCCCCUCAGCAAGCUCUACGCCCGGGCCCCACCUCCACCUCCAGCCCCUGCCAGCUCUCAGAAAUGCCAUGUAGUGAAUGGGCAGGGCCCUGCUUGUAGGGCCCCAGGUUCUACCAAAACCUCCUCCAGGGAGAAGGGCCAGGGGUCUCGCAGCCGUGGCCACCAGCCUCCUGAGAAGACCCAGAAGGACAACCUCUGCCUUUUCGUGCCUGUGGUGAAUCUGGAGAAGAUGUCCAGUCUUCCGAAGCCUGAUGGACAUGGAAUCAGGGUGGCCCCACCCUCUGCUUUCCUCAGCCAGCCAGGUGGCCUCACCAAGGACUCCCCUGGAAAAAAUCCCAUGUCAUCCCCUUCUAAAGAACUUCCUGGCAGAGAGAGCAUCGAGAUAGCCCCCAGCGAGGGCCCCAGUCACCGGACUGAAGGCAGCCCUUCUGAAAAGGAGCCUGGUGGGGCCAAGCUGCCCCCCAAAACCCACCGGAAGACGGCUCGGAAGGAGUGCGACCUCAAUAGGCAGUGUGGGGUAAUAAAUCCAGAGACCAAAAAGAUCUGUACCCGCCUUCUCACCUGCAAGAUCCACUCGGUGCACCAGCGCCGGGAGGUCCAGGGCCGAGCCAAGGAUUUUGACGUGCUGGUGGCAGAGCUGAAGGCCAACUCCCGCAAGGGGGAGUCUCCCAAGGAGAAGAGCCCAGGGCGCAAGGAGGCAGCUCUCGAGCGCCCCUCCCAGGAGCCCCCCGCCUCAGUUCAACUUGUGGCAGCAGUGGCUGCUCCCAGCGGCGCCUUCUCUGCUCGUGCCAAGCCAACCUACCCCUACUGUGCACUGCCCAGGUCCCGGGCCUCCUCUGAGAGUGAGUUGGAUGAUGAAGGCCCUUGUGGUGGUGAUGGGGAUCCAGGUCUGUUCCCCUUCCCCCUGCCCCGGGGUGGGGCCCAGGCCUCCAGCGAGGAGAGUGAGGAGGAGGGGACAUCUGAUGACCUCCACCUCCCCAUUGACUGCCAUUAUGCAAGCCGGCCCCCUCGGCCACAGGCGUUCUGCACCUUUGGGAGCCGGCUGGUGAGUCCAGGAUGCUAUGUGUUUAGCCGCCGGCUGGACCGGUUCUGCUCGGCCCUGAGCUCCAUGCUGGAACGGCACCUCAGCUCCCACAUGUGGAAGAAGAUCCCACCGGCGGCUGAGCCUCCAUCCCACCUUGUCAGCUCCCUCCCAUCUGCUCCCCUGAGCCCAUCCCCUAUGGGCAACAGCCCUCGCCUUCCAGGCCCACCCCCCAGACCUUCCUGCCCCGCCUCCACGCCCCCCACCAAGGACAGCCUUGUCCCCAGCUACCCUGCAGGCUCCCCCAACGUGGCAGCCGCCUGUAGUCAGGCGGAGUGCAUGGGCGGGAGCCAGGCCAUCACCUCACCACUGCCUGCCAACACGCCGUCCCCGUCCUUCAGCAAGCUCCCACCUUCCAAGGCCAGCAAGUCGUCCAAAGGCAAGGACAGGCUGGAGGUGGAGGCUCCUUCUCGAAAACGAAAGUUAUCACCGGGCCCCACCACUUUCAAACGGACUUGCAUCCUGGAGCCCACUGGAAAAGGCAAGCCCUCUGGAUGCCGGGGCCUCUCAGCCAAGACUAAACCUGCUCUGGGCCUGGGGCUUAAUGGGACGGUGGGGCCAAGAGUGAAGAGGGCAGGGCCCCUGGACUGUCGGGGUUCCCCUCAUCAGCCCCCCACGCCAGUCAAGGCCUCUCAGCUGGACAGCCAGGGGGUGACUGGACAUGUGGCCAAGGCCCUGCCGACCACCUGCCUCUCUGAGGAGGAGGUAGCCAAGAAGCGGAAAAACCUGGCCACUUACUGCCGGCCAGUGAAGGCCAAGCACUGCCAGGCUGGCGCCCCUGCCGACGCGGCCUGUCCUGUGCGCCGCAAGAAGCCGGGUCCGGCCCUGGCCUUUGAGGAGAAGUGUUCUGCACUGAAGGAACUGGAGCUACCUCUGUUCCCUGAAGGAAAGGAAGUUGGACUCCAUGAGCUCUGA